AUCGCUACAAGCUUUUUCUGCCACCAACAAGACAAAGGUUGUGUUGCAUUUGGAGUGUGAUCGUGGACAGCGUCUAAAAAAAGUAAUAUAAAAAACGUGUUUCAUGUGAACUGCAGUAGUGAACGCCUGCGCGACGCCAACGAAGAAGCACCCGUGAAGUCAGCGAACGUGUGUUUUUAAUUGUGCUCCCGGAAAGGAACAGAAGUCAACAAAAAAAGACACUUCGCGCAAGCAUGGCCGACAAUCCAUUGGAGAACGGUGACUCGGAGGCGCAAGAAAACGGCGAUCCUCAGCACGACUCGACUGGCGGUGAGUUGUUGGACGAAACCCUGGGCGACGAGCACAGCCUCGACGACCCUGAGCUAGAAGCGAUCAAGGCUCGCGUUCGCGAGAUGGAGGAAGAGGCCGAGAAGCUCAAGCAGAUGCAGAGCGAGGUCGAAAAACAGAUGAGCAUCAGCCCGGCCGGCGGCGGCUCGCUAGGCCUAACGCUCGAAGAGAAGAUCGAGGUUGACGCUCGCUCCAUCUACGUCGGCAACGUCGACUACGGCGCGACGGCCGAGGAACUGGAGCAGCACUUCCACGGUUGCGGCUCCAUCAACCGGGUCACCAUCCUGUGCGACAAGUUCUCGGGCCACCCGAAAGGGUUCGCCUACAUCGAAUUCACGGACAAGGACUCGAUACAGACGGCCAUGGCCCUUGAUGAAUCCCUGUUCCGCGGCCGGCAGAUCAAGGUGAUGACCAAGCGCACCAACCGACCGGGAAUCAGCACGACUAACAGGCCGCCGCGUGGUCGUUUCCGCAGGCCCGGACGCGGAACGUACUACGGAGGCGGUGGCGGCGGUGGUUACCGCUUUCCGCGACGCGCCUACCGACCGCGUAGGGCGUCGUGGUUCUAUCCCUACUAGGAUACACAGGUUUAGAGAUUGGGCCGUGCAGUGUGCUUGUUCUACUACCCCCCCCAUUUUCUGUCUAUUUGCUUCGUUACCCCCCCCCCCCCCCCUUUUUUGACCGGCCGUUCCUUUAUUCUGUCAGUUGGUAAAAAGCACCCUCUUCCCGCCAAACGUACCACCCGGAACACACUUGUCUCUCCAGUGGCACCGCUCGGAAGUGUUGCACAUUUGUGUGGUUUGUUAAGUGCAGGUGGGCUUUUGUCUAUCUAGGCUUAUGAUUCUUCUUGUGAGGGAACAAUCGCCGCUGCCUCGUUCUGCAGCGUUAACUUGUAGAAAUGUUAUGGAUUUGGGGCCUGCAGCGCCGUCGGUUUCUUGCGGGCCGAAACUGCGUUUGCACUCUUAAUGCGGCGUAGGAAGCUCUUGAAAAAGUCCGGUCACAAUCCGGGCAGUCGCAGUGGCACUUGUCGAAAACUUACUGAUGGGGGGGGGGGGGGGGGGAGCACCGUGUAAAGCGGCAGUUGUGCACAGUCGCAAGCAGCGACGCAUUUAGAAUGAACGCUAGUGAUCAGGCGACACUUUAAGGUUUCAUUUUCCAUGUUGUAAUGGGUGCAUUAGGUAGUUGCAAUGGGCUGCAAUAAAUUAGCUAAAUAGUUCAGCGUCUAAAUCUGUGGGGAGGGACGGGUUUUGUUGGAGACAUUAGCACAGGUGAGACAAGUGCGUAGUCGGACCUUCAAAGAGAAAAUUGGCUUUAAAUUGUAUAAAUCAAAGAGUAUCUCUAGUGCACGACGUAUGCCCUCAACAGCUUUGUAACUUAAGGUUGGUGUUCCAGACAUCAUAUUUUCUGCUUGAGAGGAAACUGCAUAGGGGAUCGUUAGGUGACUCGUCACCCUCCAAUAAAGCACCUGCCUAGCGACUCCCCUUGUCUAAGCAGUCGCCUUCCUUUGAUAUACAGGAUUGCGUGGCCGUUGUAAGUGGCCAUGUGAACCGCGUCGUAAGUUUUUUGUUAAUGAAUUUUUUCAUCGCUAAAAGGGAAGCGUGUAUCGCUGCGUGCCAGCGCGCCCUGGUUGAUUUAGCCACAGCGCAACAAACAAUCCAUCUCGUUCGUAUCCCUUCUGAAAGCGCCUCAGUUUCGACAGGCAGACUGUGCGCCAGAGUUAUCAACUCGUUUUGUGGUGGGUGUUUCACGCCACUUGUUUGUUGUCGCAUCACGCUAUGUGUUGUUUGUCAUUUUGGUUCAGUUUGUCAUCUUCCCUUGCAUCUUUCUUUCCUACAACUACUACCAUUGCUUUUUUUUUCACUUUGUGCUGCUUGGUUUCGUGCUAUUGAUGUGCGAUCGUCAUCUUCGACUCUGAAACUGGUGAGAGAAGCUUAGAGCGGAAAACUUUAUUGUCAUUGUGUUCACUUUGCUUGUAAAGUCAUUGCCCCAUCACUUCAGCAAGAAAAAAAAAAGCAUCAUCACAACAUACAGUGGAGUAUGAGAGAGGCUGUGAAGUUACAUACAAAAAUGCAGUCACCAUCGCGUAAAACGAACCUAUGGCUUAGUCUUUGCGGUCUUUUGUAGAGACAACAGGCAAUGACAAAACUAAUAUGACCUGGCAAGUCAGGUUGGGGACGUCGCACGCGGCAGUGAUUGCAGAGAAUUUUCUCAUCGGCAUUUGCGAAACGAGAGUGGUGUGUCGCCAGUUUCUUUUUGUUGAUGGUGAAUGAUAAAGGGGGAAGAAAAAAAGAAGGGCCUCUAUCGAUUCCUGCUGUCAUCUUUUGUGUGUGUGUGUUUUUCCAUUCUCUUGGGAUAGAUUAAGGUGCUCUUUUUUAUUUUUCACUUAUUUUGUUUUUCACUAUAUUGUAUUGUUUUGAAUGUGUGCAAACUCUAAAAAAAAUAUGAAUUGCCAUGAAAGUAAUGUGAAGAAAGUUAAGUUGCAGGACAAUGCAGAAGAAAAAAAAAUGCAAACUUGAACUUGUACAGAAAGUUGCCCAAAAGAAGCAAAUGCGGGGCUUUUCAACCCAUAAUACAAAAGUUUCAUCUUUCAAAAAUAAAAAAAAAAGAAAGUGAUUGUGUGGUGGUGACCUG